CAAAUGAUGACGGGGGUUUGCAGGAAAUACAAGAAGGCUCCUCUCCAAGCACCUCCGUUUUUGUGAAUGGGAAGCAUGGACAACACUGCUAAACGUUUACUGGAGCGACUCGUAAGACGGAUUCCGAGUCAAAUGCUGAAGACAACGCUGGAUAAGUGGAGCCGUUUGACGUCGACGCAGCGGCAGUCCAUAGAUUAUACAGAAUCAAAAUGGGCGUUAACAGAAAAACUACUUGCCAUUUGCGAGGAAAAUGAACUGACAGUUAAACACAUAGCUGAGCUCGAAAUGAUACAUGUCAUCGAGAAUCCCAACCUGGGCAUGUGGUAUGCCUUCCAGCUCAUGGACCCUCAAGAUGAUGCUCACUCUGUAGAGCUGACACAGUUCAAGGAACAAUUUAAAUCCCACCUCCGUGAGCUAAUAAGACAUGUUUCUAUCAAGAUAAAGAAGCACACAGAUGAAGCUGUAUGGAUUCGAAUUGCAUGGGGAGACACCUUUUCUCGCCCCAACCACCUGAAACCCACAUAUGUCGUUCACUAUCUUCAAACCCCUUACGUCUUUCUGACCAGCCUAACUUCAAAACAAAAGCCUCUGUUGUCACAGGCUUUGGUUCUGUCCACCCGAUAUCAAGCUAUUAAGGAUGCUAACCUCAGUGGACGGAAGCUCACUGCCAUCAGAGAUCUGCUUAUGAAGCAGUAUCUGCAAGUGUUUCCCACCAAGUUUCCUAGCCCUCUGGCAGAAAGGAAUCGUGUUGUCUCAAACCUUCACAUAGAAAAAGAGCAAGCUGGGUCUGCAGCAAACAGACAUCAAAUGGCUUGUGAGGCAUUUGGUGAUGGGAUAUUACCUCAACUACAGUCUGCAGUUUACAAGCUGGAAACAAAAUUCAGAGAUCACACCAAUAAGACCAUGACAGAGCGGGACGAGACAUUCAGAUGUGUUGUUAAAUUUGCAAGCACCAACCUCCUCGAGUCACUCAGACACUCUGCAUCCUCAGGAGUUGCUUCCACCCCUGUGACACCCCUUCUCUCAUCCGUUCCCUUAAAGGGAAAAAAUUAUUUUGUUAUCACAGACAAUGGCCCUGGACCUUCAUCACAAAUGAAGCCAUCACAGAAAUGACCAUCAGACACUUGAUUUAACUUGUAGCAUGCUCAGUCCAUUAGUCCAUUCAUUUUACUUUAUACUUUAAUGAUGUCAUUGUUAAUAAAACUCUCAGUCUGUUUCAAUAAGAAAUUUUUAUUCUUGUAUUUGUUUAUCUU